AACUUCAUUUCUAAACAUGUGUCCAUUCAUUUCAAGACAAGCACGUUAAGCGAAAUCAAAAUAUUUUUUAUUGGCAGUUGUCAAGUGCAAGGAUGUCCGGGGUCGAGACGUACCUUAUCGAAGUCAUUGUCAGCAAUGUCCAGGUUAUAACCAAACAGUAUGACAAAAAGCCGAGAUUUGUGGGGGUAUCAGACGGUGGUGGUAAAGACUCGUUGGAGAUGUCACCUCCACCUAAGUACGACCAGUCCGAAGUUGAUCUGAACGAACCUAUCGACCCAAAUACUGGCGAUGUGGUAUUACGCCUUAAAGCGUUUAAGCUGCCUCCGAUUGACGUUGUUGAAGAUCGUUCCAAGGAAACCGAUCUGGAAAGGAGAGAGAGGAAAGAGGAAAGUAGAAGACUAGGGAUACAGGAGUCACAACUUGAUAGAAAUGAGAGUAAUGCCUCAAUUCUAACAAUUGCAGAAAAUUUUUUUCCCAACAAUCCAACAAUAAGAAAAAAAUUUAAAAAAGGAAAGUCAUUUUUAUUUAACAUGAAUCAUCAAAACUUGAUAAGCCACAUGCAGGAAAAGAACAGCUUAGUAGUGCACAUGUACAGAGACAACGUUGAUAGGACGUGCGUCGGCGUCGGAAAUCUCCAAGUCCCACGGAGCUUUUUCGCUGCGGUUUGUAACGCCCAUCAGUCUUCCGUAUUGAGAAAUUACAUCGACUGCUACGGGCCUAUUUUCGUGGACUCGAACCUCCAUAAAAAGACGAUGAAAAGACGAAGAAUGCUCUUCAGAUGUCCCUACCCGAUGGAGGAAGACAAUCCGUACAGCCCGGACAAGUUGAGCAAAAUGGAACCUUACGUCAGAUACAGUGACAUUUACAAGAUACCGCCAAUGCCGAAGCCGUGUUCGUUCUGCGACGGGAACACCGGGUGUGGUUAUAAUCCGAACCCAACGCCGACGAGCUAUCGUACGGCCAACAAAGAAGCCAAACCGAGAUUUUUAUCCAGCGGGCUUGAUCCUGAGGAACUAAUGGAUCCAUCUCCUGGAAUGAUCAACCCGGAAAAACUACCAACAACUGCCCAGUUAGAAGAACGUAUAACAUUUCUCACCGACGACGAUAAAGAGAAGGCGUGUGCCACCGUUUUCAUCAGAUUGACAUGCUUUGGAACAGCUCUAAAUAUGCCGUAUAAUAAGCAUGAAUGUGAUAGCAUAGCUAUGCCGAUACCCUACGAAGAUGAGUGAAUCUUCAGUGGCGACUGUCAAUAAAAACUAUCAAGAAAUUUA